UUAAUGUCUUAAGACACACAAAAAACCGACUUCAGUCUCCACGAAAUUAAAUUAAUUUUGUUAUUACAUAUUUAUGUAACAGCCCUUUUAUUAAAAAAAGAAUAAUAAAAAUCUAUCGAGUAUUGGCCAAGAUAUUAAAAUAAGAUACAAUCGAAUUGAUAAUCUCCUUUUCGAAGUCGGUUUAAAAUAGUGUUAUUUGACCAUGCUCGGUAGAUAGUGACUAUAUUAACGUUAUCAAAAAUUUUAAGUUAUGUCCAGCAGUGAUUUUUAUUUUUUAUUUUAUUUUAUUUCAAUAGGUACACAUUAUAGAGAAUUAACAAUUUUUCAUAUAUAUAGUCUCAUAUCAAAGCAUUAAUAUCCCACUCUUGGGAAUAGCGUUCUCCCCAUGGAGAAUUAGCCUACUGUUAUAGCUGCAACGCUGGCUCAGCAGUUUAAUAAAGAACUUUGAGAUAUUCUUCUCUUAUAAUACAAUCAUUAUUUCCCUAGUCAUAUGUUGAAAUAAAGAGUAUAUUCUAUUCUUACUUCAUCACCACACGGGGGCUAGUAGUUAGAUUAAAAUGGUCAAAUAGCACACAAUUUAAAUUUUAUUCCAUAUAGAUUCUGUUUCUUCUCAUCAAGUCAUCAUCAUCAUCAUCAUCAUCUUCCUACCCUUAUCCCAAUCAUUUGGGGUCGGCGUAAUAUGAUUUUAUCCAAAUUACAAAAAGAUUUGGAUUUUAGUUUUACGACCGGCCACCUGCCUCACGUCAUCAAGUAAUGUUUUCUAGUUAUAUCUUUCUCAAUAACUUAAUUCGUUCAAAGGUACUUCCUACAUGAACAUAGUAUCCUCGUCCCAAGCUUCCAUUGAAGAAAUUGAAUCCCUAUCCUGCCACCCUCCUCAAGAGUUAAGUUUUCCACUUUCUGUCUAUACCAAUAUAGAUGAAAUUCCGUCAAAGACUGUACACAAAAAGGUCAUGCAAAGAAAUAAUAUUAUAAAUCAAUUUUUAAAUUUUAAUGAUGCCCAACAAGAUAAAUAUGGAAGCUUAUCUUUAAUGAAUUAUGUCAAUGGAGACAUCUACAAGGAAAAUUUAACGAUAAUAAAUCUCCAAAGUUCUCUCAAGGUAGUACUAAUCAUGAAAAGCAAGUACAUUCUACAGAUCUGGACUUAAAUUCAUUAAACAUAUCAACGAUUAUUGAAAGAUACGAAAAGAUUAAUACAAAUAUCUCAAACAGAAAAUGUGUUACGAAGCAUUCCUUUAUUCCCAAAACGAAAACGGAGCCUGCAACGACAUAUUUUUUCUUCUCUCGUAAAAAAAGAUGUAAAUUUAAUAAUGUAAAUUCACCAAUGAGAAAAAGUAAAAAGUCCACCAAUCUUGUUAAAUAUAGAAACAUAAAUGAAGAGCCCAAACUUACUCGCCCACUUAGUAAAUGUAUGUUGUUAACUAAAUAUAAAAUAAAAGACUCUCGGCCUUCGAUUGUUGAUAGAUGCGAUAAGAGAGUAAAUUGCGAUGUUGUAUCUGAAGAUACCAACAACGUUCAAGUGGUUAUGCCACAUAAAGAAGACAAGUCGUUGCAAAAUACUAUGACGGUUUGUGGAUACGACAAAAUUACAGAACAAUUUAUUGUGUCUAUGUCCCAAAUGAACAAAUGCGUUGACAAUGAUAGCAAUGAUAUAACUAAAACUUAUGUAAAUCAAGUUGUUAAAGAUUUAUAUGAUGCGAAAUUAAGUCAAAGUGACACACAUCCAGUAAAAAUUCUAUUUAGAACGCUUUUAGAAUAUUGGUUGAAACAUACUAACGCAGACAAUUUUAAAAGUGCUCUGCAACGAGCAAAAUCAAUUGAUAAACAGUCAAAUAAUUAUUUCACUAACGAUAAAAAUCUAUCCAAUUUAUUAAUUAGCAAUUCUACAAAAGGUACGUAAUUUCCUAGUAUUGGUAAUUAUGAUGAAUACAAAACAUAUAAAAUAUCUACGAAUACAUAUAAACAAUCAAAACCACACAAAAAUAUGAUUGAAAGUAGUAAACCGCCUUUAUAUAGUCCUAAACGAGAUACAAAGAGUUUCGAAAGAGAGCGUUGUAUACAAGAGCUUGAAAGAAUACUUAAAAACACAGUUUAUGUUUGUGAAACAAUACGCAGUAGUCAAAGCAAAGAAAAAGAUAUAAAAAUUACUAAAACUCUUAUAAAUAAUAUGGAGAAAUUAUCAGACACUAAUAACCUAGCCCAAGAACCAUCGCUUGAAAUUUCAAAUUCUUUAACAGAAUUGCCAACGAUCAAUAAUCUUAUUAGUGAAACAUCUAUACCACCAGAUGUAGCUAAAGAAUUUCUAAGCUCAUAUCUUGCUAUCUUACUUAACGAUAGCAGUAAAAGUAUAACCAAUAGUAGUUCUCAGUCUAACAAUCAAUUUAAUAUCAACACAGAGAGUCCUAUUUGCGAUGUUCAAGUUGAAUUCGGACAAAAGAACGUUUCUAAAAGUAUCACAGCUACCAAUAAUGAAAUAAACAAUACUAAUAAAGACACUUAUAAAUAUAUAAAAGACAAAAGUGAAUCAGUGGACUCAGGCCAACUAUAUCUGAAAGGCAUACUUGAUAAAAGAACAACAAUAUUUUCCAAAGUUAAAAAUGACUGGCAAACAAUUAAAAAUACAAAAGUAACUAAUAAUCUAGACAGUACAGUGAAAGAUGAAUUGGGCACAAUAAUUAAAGAAAAUCCAGAAAAACAUUUGAUUCAUGAAAAUUAUGAUAAAAAUUCAGUUGUUAUAAAUUUAUCUAAAUUUAAAUUAGAGCAAAUAUCGAUGCAAAAUGACUCCUCGAUAAACGGAACCAUGUCCAUUACAAUCAAACUUAAAGAAAAACCUCCAAAUGUUGGUAAAUCCCAAAAAAAACAUUUAAGUUUAAAAUUCUCCAAUGAUACCAAGCCACUAUUGUCACAUAAUAAACCGAAAUGUUGGUUGAAUCAUACUCCUAAUAAUUGUAAUAGCCUUAAUAAUAUAUUCGAAGCUAAUAAUGACGACUUUAAGACUCUUUUUGACUAUAAGCCUAAUGUACAAAAAGACGAUAUCUUAAAACCUUACUCAAGCAGUAGUGACGCCAUCUCCAAACAUUUUUGCCAAAUAAUUCAUGAAAGCGUACAAUCUCUCGACUUAUCAUCAUUCAAAAGCAGUAAAUUCUUCAAGAAAAAUGACUCUGAAUCGAAACUUUUAAAAGAUAAUGAAGAUCCCCAAUUAUGCUACAUGGUGUCCGCACUUAAGAAAAACAAUUUAGCAACCAAAUUUCACUCGAAAAAGAAAGUUAGACUGAAGGAAUGCAAUGGAACCGUAUUAAAUUCCAAAACAAAUACUUCCGCUAGAAUUCAAACUAACAAAUAUCCUGAUAAAUAUGCGACCUUAGAUGAACCGACCCCAACAAUUUUUAACGAGAAAUUUGUACUUUUACUAUUAAAAAACUUGACAUUACUUGCUAGAAACUUGCCAGGAUUGCAAAAAGAUUUAAACAAUCUGUAUAUGAAAUUGCGAAAAAGAUUUGAGAAAUCGCACUGAUUUGCAAAGUCUAAGCCUUUUAGGCAAAAUUUAUGAUGAUGAAAUUAAUAAAAUAAAUAAUGUCGAAGCAAAAUCAGAUAAAAAUGCUUAUUCUAGCAUGGUCCAGUAUGAUAUAGCAACUAGUACAUUUAAUUAACCAUCCAACAAAACUGUUGAUAAAUAUGUUAGUACAACCAAUGUAAUGGAAGUAAAUCAAUGCUGUGAAGCACAAACGUGCACUGAUUUUGAAACUGAACUAUUAGAUGAAAAAGAUAAAGUCAUUUUUGAUAAAAAUAAUUUAGAAGUGAAUACGUCCCGAACCGAAAUUAUAUUUGCAAGUAAUUUGCCAAACAAUGAACAAUGCAAUUCCAGCCUAAAUUUGUACGAAUUAUUACCAACCAAAGAGUGUGCAGUAAGUACUAUGAUCAAAUGUGAUUUUAACAAUUUUAAAUCAGAUAAUUUCCAUAACGCUUUACGAAAUAAAGUAAAAAAAUUAAAAGACAAAGAGGCGUUUAUAAACAAGAAAAUGGGUAAAAGAAAGGAAGCAGUCGCCGAAAGUGAGAAAGGAUUUGAUUAAAGAAAUAACACUUCUAUCACCUUCAUUUAAAGUGUCAAGUCGAUCGCAAACAAAUAACAAAUGGCCUGAU